UAUAAAACCACACCAUACAGUGACCGACUGGUGAGAAGUUCGUGCGGAUACAACUUUACUUUAAGGCGUCAUGCACUGGAAGAUCAUGUAGAGAAAUUUGACGACUGACCCACCAUGUCGCCUUGUGUUUCAAUUUACAGACUUUUAUGUCUUUUUUUUCUUGGAUUUCAAGUGAUACAGACAGGAGGAUUCCUCGUCGACGAUGUCGCAAUAACUAUAGGUAAUAACAAACCACAAACUACCGAGGACCCAGGCAUCAAGGUGACGAUGGCGAGCGCAGCACAGUUACCGAUGGGUAACCUGACAGGAUGGCACACCUGUACAGCUGGCGAAACUCAAGAAGCUCUUGAUCUCAGUGGUCUUACCGCUGGUGGCGAGGUAGCUAUUCCGUGUGUUUGCGACACUCAAACCAACAAAACCGUCACCGUCAAUGUGAGUACAGAACUGAACUCCACCCAAGAAACGUUCGAGAUCUAUUGCUGGGACAUGCUAAACAUAACUAUUACCCUAGAUAAGGACCUACAACCCACGAAUGAAGUCAUACCAUUUAAUAUUAAAAAUGUUCCCAAUUAUGGAAUUCAGUGGAAUAUUGAUGCAUGCGAGAAUAACACACUCACAAGUACUGCAGCAUCAAAUUAUGGCAGCCGUUACUCAGCUAACCCUGUGGAUCUAAGCAGCAUCACCUACACACAACCUGGGAGCUGCACUCUUCAUGCAACAUUCUGGAACGAGUUGUACAGGAAGGAUGUUGAGCUAACCUUCGAACUGGGUGUAGGAGUGGCGGAUCUUACAGUUGUACCAAGCGCACGGGAUCUGCUGAUAGGAGAAACAUUUACUUUGACGGUUAAUGCAACAGGCCCCAACAUCUCUUGGGUGGUGACCUUCUUCAAUGCAACGAUACUGCAGGAGGGUUCCGCGGGAGUAUUUGCUGAACAGAAUGCAUCAACUACAGGCGUAUACACCUUUGGAAUCAUCGCAUCUAACAGGGUCAACAACAAGAGCAAGUCAUUUGAUAUUUCAGUUGUACAUCCAAUUAAUGGCUACAACGUUACAGUGACACCACCCACAAUCCAAUCCAAUGAGAACUUGGAAAUCAACGUGGCUCUUGAUGCGUUGGCAAACAUACCGAUGGGAACUCUAGAAAUUACAAUAUCACCUUGUGGUAACGCGGAGUUCAGAGAUGUAUUGCCUGUCUCGGCUGGUGCUACGAAUAAAUUCAACUGCAAGUUCAUAAAACAAGGUAACUACUCUAUUGAUGUUACAAUAUCAUCUGCAGUUUCUUCAGAAAACUUUACAUUCGAAGCUGUUGUCUGUGACAACUUGACAAUAACCAUCGAUGUAGACAAGACUGCCUGGGCUGUUGGAGAGCCGGUGAUUGUCAACAUGAACACUUUACCCACGUCAGGCUUCAAAUAUAGAGUUGAUAUGGGUGAUGGUACGAGUAUCCACUCAAAUGAGGCAGAUUCAGUGUUGGUCAGUUUGAAUACCUUCACUGCAAUCCCAGCGCAGUUGUACAACACUCCAGGAACAUACACGGUUAGCCUUUAUGCAUAUAACCAGUGCUACUCUGUAUCUUCAUCUGUAGUUCUUGUUGUUGAAUAUAAGAUCCCUCCUUGCAACUUAGUGAUCGUACCAAACCGAAAAAUAAUGACACCGGAUGACACAACAACCUUUUCAUUUGUGACACAAUCAGGAACAACAGCUGACAACCCAACUAAUGUUACAUGUACAUGGAAUCUGGGUGAUGGGACACCUGUGACUGAUCAACUCACUGAAAUGGAUUUCAGUUCACGUUCAACGGGCUACGUCAUAACACACGACUACACUACUGCAGAGGGAACUGUGAACUACCAGAUAAAUUGUGAGAAUCGUGUCAGCAAUGCACGCUUUAACGCGACUGUUGACGUGGUGAUUGUGCGGGCAGCAGACUUUUCUGUUACCUUUGAACCUGUUACACCCUUGCCUGAAGGAACAUGCACUAAUUUUGAUUUCAAACUUUCCUUUCAUGAUAUACCAAAAGUGCCCAAUGAUGUGAAUUACACUGUGAAUUAUGCCGAUGGUGAUGAGGUAAUAGAAAAAGUUCUUUCUGUAUAUGCUGUGUCAAAGAAACUUUGUAAAAGAGGGGUGUAUAAAGGUGAGAUUACUAUUAUAUAUGACGGUGUAAAAGCUGUGAAAAACCUGACCUAUUCUUUGGCAUAUUGCUCUGUGACGUUAGAAGGGUCUGCGAUAAUUGGAUUUGUCAAUACAACAUCAUUUCUUUUCGUGGUUCUUAACCAUUUGUUUAUGGAAAACAUUACUGUUUCAAUUGACUGGAAAGACGGAAGUACUUCUGACGUGGUCCUGGCUGGGGGUGCAUCUCGCACAGUGUCACACCCGUUCAUUACUCAUGGCUACAUGACGCCAUUCUAUAGUGUCAAUACAACCAGGGGGAGGGACUCCGCCUCACUGGAAGAGAAAUUAUAUUUAACGUACCCUGCGGAAGAUUUUGAGCUUGAAUUGCCAGAAUUUCUACUCGUUGGUGAAAUGUUUGCUCCAAUAAUUCUCUACGUCGGACCUGACACUUUGGAAAAUAUUUCUUGCACUAUAACAUUUAAUUCAACCGCCAAUGAAACUUUGGCAACACGGAACUUCCUACCAUCUGAUAAUAGUGCAACAUCAACUGAGCAUAAGUAUGUUUUCAAGCAGUAUGAAUUAAUGAAAGUUGUUUGUCAAAAUUCACUCAGCGUCAGCAUUAAGAAUUACAGCCGCAUGGUGUUUAGUGAAUGCUUCCAAGCUCCAGACAUGUUUGAGUCAAUACAUAGAGAGGAAAAACGACCAAUGAGGGCGAACACAGCUUCACUUCCUACACUCACGGCUCGUGUUAAGUUAGCAGAUAAAUGCAAGAACACAACAGUGUUUGUGUUUACAUGGAUAUUCCAGAAAAAAAACACAUUGACUGGACAAUUUGAACCCUAUGAUAUAGAAACUCCGAAUAACAUAUCCAUGAACCUCGCCAACUCUACUAUCAAAGAAGGGACUUACACAGUGAAUCUCACGAUGAGGCUUCAAGAAAAGGAGGAGGACUAUUUGGAAGACCAACAAUAUCUUGAAAUUGUCAACCCUCCCCUCGUCUGCAGCAUUGUUGGGGGUGUGUUCACUUUGAUAGGACAAGGCGAAAUACUUGUUUUAGAUGCUGAAACCAAUUCGUAUGAUCCCCUCGAUGGGAUCGUACGAGAUGUUAGCAGGGAAGACACAAAACACAAAACAAGCACUCUCAACUUCUCUUGGGCAUGUUAUGCUGUUGACUGUGGAGACACUGAAGCAUACAUGGUUCCCAAGAACACUGACAGAAGUUAUAGAGAUAAACCACAGUGUAAUCUUACAUUGCGUAAUGAGGGUUACAUAAAGGUGGACACAGCGAUUGGCUUUGAAAAUGGAAAAUGUUACGUAUUUGAGCAGACACUCAGCAAGGAUAAUCGCAAAGCGACAGCAAUAAAAGUUGUACGUUUGGAACAGAAGAAACCCUGUCCUAUUGAUAUUAUAUGCUUGAAAAACUGCAUGGAAAAGAUCACACCAGAGGAACCAACAGCGUUCAGGGUACUCACUGGCAGUGUUAAACCGGUUGCAGCAAAGUUCAACUGGACACUUUCUAAGUAUGAUCAAUCAAAUGCAGACUACAGCGAACUUUCGUCAGCCGACAAGAAGUUCAAGCGUGAACCGUCUGACCAACUGUUUGAGUUGGAACCUAACUAUUUCACGCCUGGUGGCGUGUACAAGCUACAGAUUACAGCCGACAUACAGGACCGACCUCAGAGCAUAGCCUUCAGAGUCUUACUGGUAAAUGAAAAACCAAGAGGUGGAACUUGUAAAAUAACACCAACAGAAGGUGUGGCUCUACAAACAAGAUUCAAAAUUCUUUGUGAUGGAUGGAUGGAUGAGGGUAUGCGGGAGGAAACUGAUGAUGCGAUUGACAUCAAAGAACCACUCAAGCUGAAGAUUAUACAGGAUGGUAACCUCAUCCGAUCAACAGAUUUCACUCGCAAACUGUCACAACCUUCCGUCGACCUGAAGGCUGGUCCUGAGCCGGAUUUCGAAACUGAGGUUAAACUGGUUGUUACUGAUGCGUUCGGUGGUCAAGUCGAGUUUACAGAGACGGUCAAGGUGAAUAACAGCAUGCCGCCGGUUCCAAAGUUUGGAAUAGCUGCUUCAACGCUUAAUAAAGAAGAGGAAGAAAAACAAAAGAAAGAUUUCACUGACUUCCUCGAAACAAUCAAAUAUGAUGUCAGAUUCUCAGCUGGUAAAGGCGCCCCUCUUGACACGGCUGUAAUCGCAUCAACCGUCGCAAAAUCACUUAACACUGCUAAUUUCACGACCGUAACGACUGAAGAUGUGCAGAAGGUCGGCAGUGAGGACGCAGAUUUUGAUAUAUCUCUGAUUCUUGAGGCAGGAACAACUUAUAACUCUAUCAAAGAGAAUAUAAAGGAGGUGAAUGAGAAAUUCGUUGAGUCCCUCACACAAGCAAUUGACGCCGAACUUGAAAUGAUGAAGACGACGAGGCAGACUCUCUCAGCGGACUCCAUCACUCUCCUCUCCGAAAGUCUGGCCACUGAAGUCGCUAAUCCCGAACUCCUCAACACAGUAACGACUGAAGCGGCCGGCAAGAGGCUCGUUGCCCUCGCAUCAAAUAUGAUGGACGUUUACAACUCGACGCUCAAAACUGUAGACGUGGAGAACAUGACACAUGCUGUGGGGUCGUUGCUCAGCAGCAUCAUCCACUGCAACAAACAAUACGCCAUCACUGGUGUCGAGGUUGAGAGCUCAUAUAACGACAGCGAACACGCAGGUGCAGAGGCAGAUGAAUUGAAUGCUGCUGAGAGGAAGUAUCUUAAGGAUCUGCUGAAGCGCAAGAAGCAGCUGAAACUAGACCGGGCUAACGAAACGUUAAAAGAGAAUAUCAACAGCAUCAUGGAGGCUGUAAGUAAUAUGUUAAAAAUGGCCAGUGUAUUGGUGUUCGAAAAUUCCUCCAGUCAAGUGGAACAGAAUGCAUUUAUCCAAUAUGUCAAGAAAAAUACGGCCAGUGUUCUUCAGAACGACCCUCAGGGCGUCAACGGGUCUACCUUGACUGUCGCCACAGUUGAAACAGAAGACAAUGAUGAAAUUAUAGACAGCAAUUUGAUAGUCCUGAAGGAGAACCCCUUUGUCGUAGGAGGGAAUGCUAAGCUGGUGGAACACCGAGUGACAGUGGCUAGCAUGACGAGAAAGGAUGGCAAGAAACUGAGACUCCGAGGGGCAGUGACCACACAGGAUGAUCCCGAAGACCCGCCCUUUGAGUAUUUUGAUGAACCAAAGUUUACACCCAAUGAUCCUGCAAAAAUGCUAUACCACCGGUUUGCUUACAGAUCAGUGUCUGAACAAGUCUGCAUUCGUAUCAUUCCAAUGAAUGAUUCGGUUUGUUAUGACGAAUAUCUCAGGGCAAGUCUGCGGCCGACGAUUUCGGUGUAUGAUCACCAUGCCAAGAACAUCACUGGCCACCGCGAGUAUUGUGCCCCGGCAGGAUCCUGCACGAAAACAGGCCUAUGCUGGCUCGGGAUCAGACCCUUCUUGUGUCAAGAACCCGAGCUUCCAGAACUUAGCCGGCAAAGGCGAGAGGCAGCCGUCAAUGAUACAAGCGUCACAAACACCAUCAAUAAUACCAUCGUCACAAACACUAUCACUGGUACAAGCGUCACAAACGCCAUCAAUGAUACCGCGAUGCUCCUCACGCCAUACUCUCUCCGGAUCCUGAAUAUAGCCUGCCUCAGCUGGAAGGGAUCAGACUGGGAUGCUGCUGAGUGUACAGUUAAACGAGACCCUGAUAACAAGAAGACCAUGUGUAUGUGCGGUGACAAGGAAGAACUCAUCACCACCGUUUCCUUCCACCUCGCCCCGAACGUCAUCGACUUUAACACUGUCUUCAGCAAGUUCGACAUCAAUGGCCAAGGUGCCGUUCUGGGUACAGUUCUUGUCUGCUUCGUGCUCUUCGUGAUCUUCCUGUUCUGGGCACGGUACAUGGAUGGGCAGGAUGUGCUCCAGUGGGGCGUGACAUUGUUGGCUGACAACCACAAGUGCGAUAGCUACUUCUACCUCAUUACCGUCCACACUGGGAUGGUCAGAGGGGCCGGUACAAAGUCCAACAUACAUUUCUGUAUUGCUGGUGAAGACAAUGACACGGGCGUUAGGAUACUUUCAGACGGCGUAAGAAAGGAACUGAAAACUGGGAGCACGAUGCACUUCCUGAUGGCUGUUCCUGAGGGCCUUGGCUUACUACAAUACUUCCGGGUGUGGCAUGACAGAAUAGGGGAUUCAACAUCCUGGUACCUCAACAGGAUCGAGGUCACCGAUCUCCAAACGGCUUACAAAGCGGACUUCCUUUGCUACCAAUGGCUGUCUCUAGAAGAAGGAGUACUAGAAAAGGCUAUACCAGUAUCCUCCACAGAAAACAUGAAGACCUUCAAGACCAUGUUCUUCGAGCACGCACGUCACCAUGUGACCGAUGACCACCUGUGGGUGUCUGUCCUCCUCCGACCAAUUAAGAGUCAUUUCAGUCGAGGUCAGAGAGUCGGGUGUUGCUUCACUUUGCUUAUGUUGACAAUGAUCACAAACGCCAUGUUCUUUAAAACAAACAGUGUAAAACGACACCAAACGUCGGAUUUUAAAAUUGGCCCAAUCAGUUUCAGUCUGAGGCAGAUAUACGUCUCGUUUGCUUCAACCAUCAUCGUAGCUGUCCCAGUCUUCUUUAUCAUGCUCCUGUUUAGAAAGUCAAAACUAAGCGAAAAGGCCACAAAGGAUGCAACCAGACUAUGGAUACCCCACUGCUUCCGGAACUUCAACUUCUACAAACAAUCCAAGGCCAUUGAAAAAAUCAUGGCCAUCAGGGACAUCGUUGAUGACCAAGAUGGUGUCCUGCCUCACUUUUGCGUGUACAUCUCCUGGGUAUUUGCUUUCAUCUGUGUCUUCUUAUCAGCCUUCUUCAUAAUGUUGUACAGCAUGGAGUGGGGCAAGGACAUUUCAGAAGAAUGGCUGAUGACCUUUAUCAUGUCUUUCUUCGAAUCGCUCAUCAUUUUGGACCCUGUGAAGGUUCUUGUGCUGGCGAUUAUGUUUGCCAUGUUGCUGAAGACACUGAAGGCAAGCAAACCAUCUCAGAUUGACCUCAACCAUAUUGGCAGGAUGAACAGAGAGAUGGGCCAGCAUGGAACAGAUCGGUCUCGGCUCGACUACGAAAGUCCUUUCUCACAAGAAGAACUCCAACGUGCGACGAUGCAAUGUCGGCGCCGGACCAUGAUCAGGAAGGUGAUUCAGGAACUGCUCGCUAACAGUUUCUUCCUCUGGCUUCUCGCCAGCAUCAGCUACAGCAACAGAGACCCCCACGGAUUCCAUCUCCAUCAGAACAUCAAGAACACCUUCAUAGAGCCCUUCAAACCGGCUAUUACAUUGGAACGUGUGAAUACAACCGCGCAUUACUUCCAAUGGCUCGAGAAAACUGUUAUCCCCAAUCUCUUCCCUCAGAUGGAUUUUGAUAAUAAAACAAAACUAUCUCCGAACAUGCGAUAUAGGAUUUCGGAUCUGACGAACCUACGGAUAGGAGCACCUCGACUGCGCCAAGUGAGACAGGCAAACAAAACUUGCAAAAUACCAUACGUUGGCGAAACUCUGUGUCACCCUAUGUAUGACCUGGCUACAGAAGAAACUAGGAACUGGUGCCAAGGCUGGCAGCCACCUAAGUGUCCCAACGAGGAAGCUGUUUCUGUCACCAGCAAUGCAUGGACGUUUGUUUCAGCCUUAGACAUCUGGGGCCUUCCCAUCACAGGCAAGAGGACAGUCUACGGCGGAGGAGGUUACAUAGUUGAACUGGAUAUUACCAAAGAAGUUGCUGAACAGGUAUACAAUAACAUAUAUAAAUACCGGUGGGUUGAUAGUGAUACUAGAGCUGUAUUCUUGGAAUUCACACUGUACAACCCAAGCAUAAGCCUCUUUUGCUACGUCUCGAUACUUGUCGAGUACCCUGAGAGUGGAGGGGUCCUCGAGUCAACAUACAUAUUUCCGUUUAGAAAGCUCAGCCACGACGGAAGCUUUGGAAAGUACAUUCUCUUCUGUGAAGUCGCGUUCAUCAUAUUCACGAUGAUAUGGCUGGGGUACAUCACAUUCAAGCUUAUGAAAGACCGAUGGAGCUUCUUCAAAGAGUUUUGGAACGUUGUCGAGCUGGUCAGUGUCAUCUUCUCAUUCGUGGCUGUUGUUCUGUACUUAACUCGUCUCAAAUACACCAACGAAGCCAUGGCCUUGUUGAAAGAAAACAAACGCGUCUUCAUCAACUUCUACCACAUCGCAGUAUGGGACAGUAUCUUAAACUGUGUCCUUGGUUUCCUGGUUAGCAUAGCAACACUCCGGCUGCUGAGAGUCAUGAGCUAUACAAGAGUCACACAAAUUGUAUUCCUUGUUUUGAAGGAGAGUUCAAAGACACUGCCAGGCUUCUUCUUCUACAUCCUCCUUGUCCUGUUUGCGUUUGGCAUUAUGGGGCAAGUCAUGUUCGGCGCAAACGCAGUUGCCUACAAAGAUAUGCUCACCACCAUGGAAACCCUCUUUUCCGGUGUGCUUGGAAACGCAGGCCUUCGAAACACCAACGUUCCUGUCAGCGAUUCCUGGAUAUCACUCGUCUACUUCGUGUCCUUUGUCCUUAUCGUCUUCUUUGGCCUGUCCAACAUGUUUAUAACAAUUCUACUGGACACUAUGUCCCUGAUCGGUGACGACCCCAAGAACCUGACUUUCAAGGAAAUUGAACUGUUCGCUUACAUGUGGGAGUCUCUUAAGACUCGCAUCAAGGGGAAGGACACAUCCAAACAACUACCCGACCCAGUGUUGACCAAUACACAACAGCCAGCUAUGGACUUUAGAGACGUAUGGCCACAAAAUGAACAUGAACUUGAAGGACGCACUUGCUGCAAGAGCUCAACCAGUCAACAUGACCUGAAUGGGACCUUGAUAAAGAAAAACGAAAGCGAAAGCGAAAUCUAAGUGAUAAUUACUCUUUAGUUAUAUUUAGACAUGAUAGAGAUUGCAUCUGGACUAAAGGGGUUAAUUUGAAAUAUAAACAUUGAUGGAGCAGUGGUACUAUUGAUGAAAAUCGUUAUUUGGCAAACGUGACAAAAUAGCUCGGAAGAUGAUCAUAUUAACACUGUUGGUGCAGUUCUGUAUCCGCCAUUAACACGCGAAGAUUAAGGUCGAGAUUAGUAUUUUUAUACGUGUGAUACGUUUCUUUUCUACAAAAAAUAAAUCCUUUCCGUAAUCGUAAGAAAGUCUUGUACGACUAUAUCAUUAGCAUGUGUUAACAAAUCAUUAUCAAAUAGUAUACAAGUAUAUUAUCUAUUUGCAAUGCUAAUGUAAGUCUUAGUCGUGUAUAUACACUAAAAAUACAGACUUCAGAGAAAUUUUACUCAAGAUUCCAUGUGUGUUAAUAACUGGAUUUCUUUUGCUCCACCUGACAUGAACAUCCUUUGAAAGUGUAUAUGAUCUAGGAGCGUGUAGAUGAAAUAUAUCCCUGCAAUGUAUUUACAAUUUGUGUGAAUUACAUAGAUGUGGUUAUUAAGAGUUAAUAUUGGUGGUGUUAACAGCUCGCGUGUCAAACAUAGGCACCUCAGAGACCUUAACGAUGAACAUAUGUUUGUAAUCUUACCCAUAGUCCAGACAAAUACGCUUUAAAUUCCCCCUUCCAUCAGCAUUACGAUAUGUUGUUUGAGAGAGGUCCACAUGUGCACACUCAGAUGCACCUACAACACUGUAAGCUUCAUGGUAGGGCCAUCGGCGCAAGAGUUAUCCCUCCUGUGAUAAUACUGUAAGUUAUAUAUUUUUAUUAUACACCAUGCACAUGUGUGAUGUAAUGUCUUUAUAUUUAGAAGUUACAUAUUGUGUUUUUCCAUGUUAAUAAACGGGGGGUUACGUAACCCAUCGUCUAUUGUGACAGCCCCAGUGAUAUCUAAAUGGUUUAAUUGCAACAAGCAACAUGCACCUAUAGUUUGAAAAGGAAACCAACAUUAAGACUUUAGGCUAAUAUUCAGAAAUCUACUCCCAAUUGAGAGUCCAGGGAAUUUGUUUUGUUCAAACGCUUGACAGCAAAGAAUAAGUAGUUCUCUAAAAGGUUUUAUUUCAAAAGCGCGUUUUUAUGACACCACUUUGGACGGCAGUGAUUAUACAAUACUGGAAUAAACAUUUGUCAUCGGAGAGGAACAUAAUUCAACAUUCUGGUUACAUUAGUCGAUAUUUAUACCUUUAAAUGUUCACGACUGAAGUGUAAUGAUAUACAGGUUCUAGAUAUUGACGAGAAAUAUUACAGGUUAGCUCGAGAGAAUGAUGUUUUUAAUAUAUUUUAUAAGAGGAUUUUAUGUUUAAUCACAGAUUUUAUUGCUUUUAUGCUGUUGAUGGUUUUGUGUUUUUCCUAAUAUAUACAACGAUGGCUGUCACGACGGGGCUUAAAAGAAAGCCCUGAUUGAUAGUUAAAGAAGUGCACAUAUCAUUGUCUUUUAAAAUCAAUUUGUUGAAAAGCUGUUUUCGUUUGUGGAUUCGCUUUUGGAGAUUCUUUAAUUAUGAUUUAUGAAGAUAAGAUCUAGACGAAAAAUAUCUUUACCAUGAUAUUGAAAAGUUUAAUUUGAAGACUCAUCUCUCAAUUUUACAGUUUUGCCCGGACUACAGUCUUAAUUCAAAGUCAUUGACAUUUUGUGUGACAUAAUUAGAUGUGGUUGUUAAGUGUUCAUAUUUUAGAGGCUAAUAUUGUAUGUAUCCAACUUACGUACUCUACACAUAAAGAAAUGGACCAUGAGUCCUUAAGGACGAAAACUAUGUUUUGGUAAAUAAUCCAUGCCAUUCUGAAGAGAGCCCUAUUAAAUUCACCUUUCCAUAUUUGAGAGAAGUACACACAAUCAACUGCACGUACAUCACUGUAAGCUCCAGAAACAGGGCCAUCGGCGCAAGAGUUAGCCCUCUUUUGAUAAUACGAUUAGUCCUAUAUAUUGUAUAGAACAUGCACAUGUGUGACGCAAUGUCUGUUUAUUUAGAAGUUACAUAUUGUGUUUUCCAUGUUAAUAUACGGGAUAUUACGUAACCUGUCGUGUAUGGUCACAACCCCGGUGAUAUCUAAAUGAUUUAAUUGCAACAAGCAACAUGUGGUCAUAGUUUCAGGAAGGUAAUCAAAAUUAAGUCGUCAGGCUACUACUCGGAAACAUUAGUCUCAACAGAGAGUCCUCUGGUUCAAAAGCUUGUCAGUAUGGAGCAGUUCCCUGAAUAUUUCAUUUCGGAAGCGCGUCUUUUGUUACACCCAAUUUGACGACAGUUAUUAUACAAACUUCAAUAAACAUUUCAAUUGUCAAUCGGAAGGAACAUAAUUCAACAUUCUGGUUACAUUUGUCGAUUUUUUACAUUUAUCUGUUUCCGACUGAAGUGUUAAAUUAAAUACAAGUUGAAGAUAUUGACGUGAAAUAUUACAGUUUAGGUGGUAGGAAUGAUAUUUACAAUAUAUUUUUGAUAAAAGGAGGAGGGGGGGGUUAUUUUAUUCAUUGAAACAUUUUGUUGAUGUUGUUGAUGUUUUUGUUGUUGUUGUUUUCUUUAUAUGUACAAUGCUGGCUGUUACUUCAGGGCAUCAAAACCCUGACUGUUUAUUUAUUAUAUGUUCGUAUCAUAAUCUAUUAAAAUAAGUUUGUUGAAAAGCCUU